AUGGCGAAGGCAGACCAGCGUUUCGGCCAGCGGGACGGUUCCGACCAGAACUUCGACUACAUGUUCAAACUGCUGAUCAUCGGAAACAGCAGCGUAGGGAAAACGUCCUUCCUGUUCCGCUAUGCCGACGACUCCUUCAGCAACUCUUUUGUCAGCACCGUCGGCAUCGACUUCAAAGUGAAGACGGUUUAUCGCAACGACAAGAGGAUCAAGCUGCAGAUCUGGGACACAGCGGGUCAGGAGCGUUACCGCACCAUCACCACGGCUUACUACCGCGGCGCCAUGGGCUUCAUCCUCAUGUACGACAUCACCAACGAGGAGUCCUUCAACGCCGUCCAGGACUGGGCCACUCAGAUUAAGACGUACUCGUGGGACAACGCUCAGGUGAUCAUGGUGGGAAACAAGUGCGACAUGGACGAGGAGCGAGUUGUACCUCCGGAGAAAGGAAAACACCUGGCCGACCAGCUAGGCUUUGAGUACUACGAGGCAAGCGCGAAGGAGAACAUCAACGUGCGGCAGGUCUUCGAGCGUCUGGUCGACAUCAUCUGCGUCAAGAUGUCGGAGCGCGUCGACGUGGAGGCGCCAGCGGCUCCCGGAGCCAAAACCACCAGACUGACCGACAAACCCGCCCAGCUACCUCAGAAGUGCUGCUGA